AUGGUCAACAAGAACUCCAUCACAGUUAAGAACCAAUCUGGUGCCCAGCAGCACUACGCAAUCUUCAACAAACCUCCCGUCGUCACUGGCAAAGUCUCGGGCCAGAUUUGGUCCAACGUCUUUGCAACGGGAAACACUCCCAAAGGCCAACAGGCAAACUUUUCGGUCUACAAGCAGUACUAUGCCGUUGUUGGAACUUCCCAGGGCAGCCCUCAACAGGGUGUCGAGGUCGACGUGAACGGCAGUAAAGAUGUCACGCUCGGCUCAACCAAGCCUGACGGAACAGCCGUCCCAGGUACCACACUGCAGCUUCUUGUCCAGGAUGAGGCACCGCAGUUCAGUGAUAACAGUCUACCUGACGGAUCCUACCCCAAUGCCUUUGAGAUCCAGACGGGCAGCGACUUUACCGUCGCUGAGGCCAAGAACGGAAACUACCUCAUCGGUCUUGGAGGUACCAAGAAUGGCAACAGCAUUGACGGACCCGCUGCUACUUUCAUCCCCGAGCCCAACGUAAAAUACCAGAUCCAACCCGUCAACACCUACUACCUGACUGUUGGCGACUAUACUAAGGGGUCGCUCAUUGACGUGACCAAAAUUGGAGGCACUGUUCUUACCAUCGACUUCACCGCAUACUCCUCUGGCCAGGUGACCGUUGUUCAUAACGACCGCGGUCAACUCGUUAUUCAGGCACAGGGCUAA